AUUGUCCAAGGCAGUAGUGCUUAACUGGCUCUGAUGAUUUUGUCUGGAGUUUUCUUCCCUUCUAAACCCCAGACUCACAUCUUCCCUCUUUAUUAUUCCAUCAGUAUUUCCAGCCGGUGACGUCAGCAACAGCCGUCUAAUAUUCUGCCCACUGCUGCAGUUUAUUGUAAUAGGUGCAGUAGAUGGCCGUAAUAAUUACAGAGUCAUUUUCUUUCACUUAUGUUCAUUUUUCCAAUGUUCUACCUCCGUACAAACUGUGAUGCUGAAGUUCAGCUAGACUAUAUUUCCUGUGGUACAGAAGAAGAAAAAAACAACAUGCUUGUUUGAUGAGAAACCUGAGAACUAAAGACUUGUAUUAGCUCUCUGAGAGAAUGCCAAGGCUUCAGCUCAGCAGGCCUUGUAUUAGCUCUGAGAGAAUGCCAAGGCUUCAGCUCAGCAGGUUGUGUAUUAGCUCUCUGAGAGAAUGCCAAGGCUUCAGCUCAGCAGGUUGUGUAUUAGCUCUCUGAGAGAAUGCCAAGGCUUCAGCUCAGCAGGUUGUGUAUUAGCUCUCUGAGAGAAUGCCAAGGCUUCAGCUCAGCAGGUUGUGUAUUAGCUCUCUGAGAGAAUGCCAAGGCUUUAGCUCAGCAGGUUGUGUAUUAGCUCUCUGAGAGAAUGCCAAGGCUUCAGCUCAGCAGGUUGUGUAUUAGCUCUCUGAGAGAAUGCCAAGGCUUCAGCUCAGCAGGUUGUGUAUUAGCUCUCUGAGAGAAUGCCAAGGCUUCAGCUCAGCAGGUUGUGUAUUAGCUCUCUGAGAGAAUGCCAAGGCUUCAGCUCAGCAGGCCAACACAGUCUUGUGACGCACAGGCGACUCGUUUUCAAACACGUAUAUACCAGUGGUUCUGGACUGGUCCGGAACACGUAUAUACCAGUGGUUCUGGACUGGUCCGGAACACGUAUAUACCAUUGGUUCUGGACUGGUCCGGAACACGUGUGUAUAUACCAGUGGUUCUGGACUGGUCCGGAACACGUGUGUAUAUACCAGUGGUUCUGGACUGGUCCGGAACACGUGUGUAUAUACCAGUGGUUCUGGACUGGUCCGGAACACGUGUGUGUAUAUACCAGUGGUUCUGGACUGGUCCGGAACACGUGUGUGUAUAUACCAGUGGUUCUGGACUGGUCCGGAACGCGUGUGUGUAUAUACCAGUGGUUCUGGACUGGUCCGGAACGCGUGUGUGUAUAUACCAGUGGUUCUGGACUGGUCCGGAACGGGUGUGUAUAUAUACCAGUGGUUCUGGACUGGUCCGGAACGCGUGUGUGUAUAUACCAGUGGUUCUGGACUGGUCCGGAACGCGUGUGUGUAUAUACCAGUGGUUCUGGACUGGUCCGGAACGCGUGUGUGUAUAUACCAGUGGUUCUGGACUGGUCCGGAACGUGUGUGUGUGUGUAUAUACCAGUGGUUCUGGACUGGUCCGGAACGUGUGUGUGUGUGUAUAUACCAGUGGUUCUGGACUGGUCCGGAACACGUGUGUGUGUGUAUAUACCAGUGGUUCUGGACUGGUCCGGAACGCGUGUGUAUAUACCAGUGGUUCUGGACUGGUCCGGAACGCGUGUGUAUAUACCAGUGGUUCUGGACUGGUCCGGAACGCGUGUGUGUAUAUACCAGUGGUUCUGGACUGGUCCGGAACGCGUGUGUGUAUAUACCAGUGGUUCUGGACUGGUCCGGAACGCGUGUGUGUAUAUACCAGUGGUUCUGGACUGGUCCGGAACACGUGUGUGUGUAUAUACCAGUGGUUCUGGACUGGUCCGGAACACGUCAGCACACUGAGACCUGACUCUGACCACCCAUAGAGGGAGAAACAGAGCUUGGUAGUGCCAAGUGUAAACAAACAUGAUGCCAAGCCUUGGAGCUGUGGCAGAGUGGGCGUACUGCUCACAUGUAAUUAUUCAUUUCCUGCUUUUUAAAGUGGCUUUGUGUGUACUGUAGUUUAGUAUAACUCUACCUGACUAGUCCAGGCCUGUACUUCUGACAGUUUGUUCCCUACUGUUCCACGGGGUUAAAGUAUGGAGCUGGCCCCCUGUUCCCUACUGUUCCACGGGGUUAUAGUAUGGAGCUGGCCCCCUGUUCCCUACUGUUCCACGGGGUUAUAGUAUGGAGCUGGUCCCCUGUUCCCUACUGUUCCACGGGGUUAUAGUAUGGAGCUGGCCCCCUGUUCCCUACUGUUCCACGGGGUUAUAGUAUGGAGCUGGCCCCCUGUUCCCUACUGUUCCACGGGGUUAUAGUAUGGAGCUGGCCCCCUGUUCCCUACUGUUCCACGGGGUUAUAGUAUGGAGCUUGCCCCCUGUUCCCUACUGUUCCACGGGGUUAUAGUAUGGAGCUGGCCCCCUGUUCCCUACUGUUCCACGGGGUUUUAGUAUGGAGCUGGCCCCCUGUUCCCUACUGUUCCACGGGGUUAUAGUAUGGAGCUGGCCCCCUGUUCCCUACUGUUCCACGGGGUUAUAGUAUGGAGCUGGCUCCCUGUUCCCUACUGUUCCACGGGGUUAUAGUAUGGAGCUGGCCCCCUGUUCCCUACUGUUCCACGGGGUUAUAGUAUGGAGCUGGGGCCCUGUUCCCUACUGUUCCACGGGGUUAUAGUAUGGAGCUGGCCCCCUGUUCCCUACUGUUCCACGGGGUUAUAGUAUGGAGCUGGAUGUAUCCUACUGCAUUGUCAUUAUGUACAGUUGUAGUCUCGCUGACUCAGGAAGUUACUGUUCAGUUGUAGUCUCGCUGACUCAGGAAGUUACUGUUCAGUUGUAGUCUCGCUGACUCAGGAAGUGACUGUACAGUUGUAGUCUCGCUGACUCAGAAAGUGACUGUACAGUUGUAGUAUCGCUGACUCAGGAAGUUACUGUACAGUUGUAGUCUAGCUGACUCAGGAAGUUACUGUACAGUUGUAGUCUAGCUGACUCAGGAAGUUACUGUACAGUUGUAGUCUAGCUGACUCAGGAAGUUACUGUACAGUUGUAGUCUAGCUGACUCAGGAAGUUACUGUACAGUUGUAGUCUAGCUGACUCAGGAUGUUACUGUACAGUUGUAGUCUAGCUGACUCCGGAAGUUACUGUAUUGUCCAUGAGGUUAAAAGUAUUGAGGGUCAAUCUAACCUCUGCAGUCAUUGGUUGACUAAACGGUUUGUAUUUGUUUUCACCGUUCACGUGUCUGACGGCUGGCGUGCAGUACGUUCUUCUAGUCCCUGUUCUAUGAAACUGCGUCGAGCACGGGUAAUGAUUGGAUGGACAUUUCCUUUUGUUAAAGAUGUUAUGUGGAGAGUUUUAAUUUAAUUUUUUUUCUUCUUUCUAAUGGGUGGAUCAGCUUAAUAUUGCGGAAAGAUUGUUGCUUAUACCUAUUAUAGACAUAAAUACUUUUUAAAGAAUAUACCUUUAUUAUUUGCCACAAAACCCUAUCACCCUUCCCCCAAUUGGAGUAAACUAAUAAACAAUAACAAUUAGGCUUCUACCUUCAGUUUAUACAACUUAUACACAUUUUACAGACACAAUCGAUUUUUACAAUAGUUAGAUUUUGUUUUUGUUUUUUAUUCCUUCCUCUAUUUCUGAUGUCCAUCCAGUUUGAUUUUUUUUUUGUAUUUUUUUUUUUGUAACUGUGCUAUUUCACAACAUUUCUGAACCUGUAUACAUUUUAGAUUUUUGUGUGUUCUGUGGAGAGUUUGUCCAGGUGGUUAUAGCAGACUGAGUGAACAGGGGAGUAUGUUUUGGUAAAGAGAGGAAUGUGGUUCAUCCUGAAUGACUGCUUCUUUAUUUAGGUCAGCACCACCUGCCUGUACUGGCUCAACCAAUACAAUAGUAUUCUGUAGCUCUGACAGCUCUGUCUGACUCCAUACACUAGAGAGAAGAAUAUGGGGAGCUGGAAGACUUGUGUUACUGCUACCCCCCUGUAGACCACAGACCAGAGCCCUAUUCCCUAUAUAGUGCACGCCUUUGGACCAGGGCCCUAUUCUUUAUAUAGUGGUACUACUAUAGACCAGAGCCCUAUUCCCUAUAUAGUGGUACUACUAUAGACCACAGCCCUAUUCCCUAUAUAGUGGUACUA